GUUAUAAACCUAUAUAUAGUACUGAGCAUAAUGCGGGCUCUUUCCUCGUCGCAUCCUUCGAGCGCCCGGCAGAGCGUCCGCUUUCCUGGCGCUCGUGCCCAGCGGCGUAUCGUUGUUCAGUGCCAGGCGAACGCGCGGAAUGAGCAGCCUGUCGACCGUCGCCGCAUCCUGCUGGCGUCGGGCGCUGCGCUUGUGCUGGGCCUGUCGCCCGCAACCUCCGUGCGUGCCGAGGAUGCGCCGAGCGCCGGCUUCAUCGAGUACACGGAUCCCCAGGACGCAUUCACGCUGAAGAUUCCUGCCAACUGGGGAUUCGGUGAGGGGCAGCUCAGUGGCAACUCCAGCUUCAGCGGUGCAUCAGGCGCCCGGCGGACGCUGGCUUGGUUCCCGGAGAACGUCAGCCCUCGCGACGUCAACGUCACGAUCACCGUCACCAACGUGUCGGUCGAGUUCACAAAGCUGGGCAGCUUCGGCACGCCCCUGCAGUUCGCCAGCAACCUGGUGAACAGCCAAGACCGCUCGUACAUGCUGCGUGGGCCGGAGUGGGCGCGCCGCAACGAGCCCAUCAUGGUGGCCAAGCUGAUUGACGCUGGCGAGAUUUCAAACAAAUACUUCCUGGAGUACACACUCCAGAAGGUCCCGGACGAGCCCAAGCGCCACCUGUACACCGCCGUGGCCCUGGGCUAUAACGGAACCUACAACCGACUGUACAGCGUCACGGCGCAGUCGCUGGAGGAGCUCAAGCCGCAGUACGAGGCCACGCUGCUGGCCAUGGUGAAGAGCCUGUCGGUGCCGGCCACCAAGUUCUGAGAGCGAGAGGCAGCCAGUGUUGCGCAUGCGGGCAUGAGAUAGCCUAUGGCGACUGGCGAGCCAUGUUCCACUUUGGUACAGUUUGGUGAUGAAGGGUAAAGCAGUGGCCAGGUGGAGGCUUGCGUCACGUGCGUGAUUGACAGUUUGACACGUUGCUGUUGAAUGGCCUAUAAUGGAUAUGCUAGGGUGGUCUGUGAUGCUGUUGCUUGUGAUCAAGACGUCAGGCGUUCAGUGGCGCUAGCCCUCUUGCACCGUUCCGGUUGUGGCCUGUUCUAGGCGUAGACUCUUCACAUUGAUGCUUUGUGUGGGAGCGCAGCGAAUGCGAGAGAACUAUGGGUCAGUCGGGUGCCCCUUGUCGGCUGGACAGUGACAAUCCGCUGGCGAACGUGGGAUGCACAAGACGUUCAUCUGAUGGUCUACGGAUGCCAUUCUUGAACUGAUUCAACGCGAUAUCGAGGAGCUGUGCGAUUCCACUGAUUUUUGUGCCCGCCGUGGCCAUGCUCUGCCACUGUCAGGUCUGCCGGCCUGCCGCAGUUGCCCACUGGUGGAGGCGCGGCGGCAGUACAGUAAGUGGGGCUGGGCAGGCACCUAAGGCCUGCACCGACCAGAAUAGCAAGAGUGGCAGGAGCUGCAAGAAGAAUGCACCGACCAUGACCAACGUAAACGGCACG